AUGCUAGCCGAAGUAGUUGUUUAUCAACUGGAAUUCACCAGUUUUAAUUUUGCCUUUACUCGUGCAGACUGGAAAAACUGGGAGCUCUUGAAUGGAACAAGGUGUAGUGUUUCUUCUCCUAUGCCUCCUAUUGAUAUUAGUGUAGGAUUGGCCUUGCUAGUCGGUGUAAUCUACCUGUUGUCGGGACUUGGUGGGAGUAUACUUUCUUCCCUUUUCAUUGAACGCAGUAUCUCUGUUGGUGCUUCUGGUGCUUUAUUUGGACUUCUGGGAGCAAUGUUAUCAGAGCUUCUUACUAACUGGACAAUUUAUGCUAACAAGGCUGGAGCUUUAUUUACACUCGUGGUCAUCAUUCUCAUCAACUUGGCGAUUGGAAUUCUACCUCAUGUCGACAACUUUGCACAUAUUGGAGGUUUCUUGACAGGUUUUCUCCUUGGCUUUGUCUUGCUACUCCGUCCCCAGUUUGGUUGGCUGGAGCGCCAGCAUCUUCCAGCUGAUGCUCGCAUGAAGUCCAAGUAUACAAUUUACCAGCUUGUAUUCUUGCUGGUUUCCUUAAUUCUACUGAUCGCUGGGUUUACGUUGGGAUUGGUGAUGGUUUUCAGAGGAGAGAAUGCAAAUGAUCACUGCAGCUGGUGCCAUUACUUGAGCUGUGUUCCUACCUCAAGAUGGAACUGUAACAAUUGAUCAGAGAAGCGCUGCACAGAUAUGUGCUCUUAUUCUUUGUACACUUCAUCACUAUUUGAAUCUUUUUCUGUAUAUCAUUUUUUAAUGCGAAAUUAAUGGUUAUUUGUGUCGUCUCUCAGACUUCUCUUUACCCUUGCAUAUGUUAGUUAAAUUGCUUAUUGUAAUAGUAAUUUGAAGUUAUACAUGAACAAAAAUAAAGAAUAGUUACUGCUGUAUAUGAAAUUGUAGCACAAUUGAAUAAACACCGAAUUAAUAACUUAUGAGAGAUUGAUUAAAGAAGAG